GACAAGGCAGCAGGAUGCUUGUCAUCAGAUCCCUAUCCCAAGUUGUGUUGACGCCAAUGCAACUUGUUCAGCCGACUUCAUGUCUCUCCCGACAGCGCAACCAUCCAAUAUCUGCGAGCGUCUGCAUGACAACCACCGCAGAUGAUAGCAGUGGCACGGUAUGGAUAACCGAAAGGGCUUUUCAGAUGCCAAUCUACCAUGGUCGAAGACGUCGUACUUCAUCUAACAUGGAGUGAUAGACCCUCAUAGGAACGGACAUCACA